UAUGGUAGAUACAGAAACAAGGGGGGAAACUAGAAGUUGUGAAAGAUUUCUUCUUUUAAUAAAAACCAAUGCAUUGUCGUUGGCAGUUAAGUGAACACCCAAUGACAAAGAGGUUAGGAGAUGACGAUGGCUUCCUCGUCGUCAUUCUGGGCGUCUGCUGGUCCACCGGUCUCCUCUACCGCCUCCGCCUCCUCCUCCGUCCUCCCCAUUAAAUCCCUCUCAUCUUCUUCCCGAACAAUCCUCAGUUGGAGCUUGCAAAACAGAUAUCUGGCUAAUACUAUUAUUCAGAGAAGUGAUAGGCAGGCGGUCCUGGCUUUUGCAAAUGCAAACGCACGUCAAAGAAAGGGAAGCUCAAGUAAUGAGGUUAUGAUGGUGGAUCCUUUAGAGGCCAAGCGUUUAGCUGCCAAACAGAUGCAACAGAUUCGGGCUAAAGAAAAACUUAAAAGACGACGUCAAGCUGAAGCCAUUAAUGGAGCAUGGGCAAUGAUUGGUCUAACAGCUGGCUUGGUUGUUGAGGGUCAGACUGGAAAAGGAAUUCUUGGUCAGCUAGCUGGAUAUUUCUCUGCCAUAAUAAGUUUCUUCACCCAAUAGCAUCCUUCUGCCGAGGUGCCCAAUUCAAAUAUAUAUUUGUCAGCAAAGCAACAUUGUCAUUUUUUUAUUGUUCUCUUGGAGAGGGGUUAAGGAACUCUGUAUUGUGAUGGAAUGGCUCAAUUGGAGCGGGCAGUACUAUCUUGGCAGUACCAAAUUUGCAGUUUUCCCUCUAUUUGUCUCUUGGCCCUGCUGAAUGUAUAGGUUUGAAUUGUAUACAAAUUGAAGGGCAGCAGAUGGUAGAAAGUUGUCUUAUGAACUUGGAAUCAUAAACAUCUUUUGAGUUUUUGAUCUCCUAAAUUGCUUCUGUGAACUGUCACAAAAGUCUUCACUUGUAUAUGGUGCUUCCGUA